AUGGCAAAAACCUGGAAUUCGUACUUUGAUGAGACUGACAUCGAGGACUGGGGCUCUAUUCCUUUUCAUGAGUCCUGGGCCCAUAAUUAUAAAAAUGAUUACGAAAAGCUUUCUUAUGACAAAGCAACAGACUCAUUCUUCAAAAGCCUUCGAGCAAUAGCGAAUAAAAGUACAGACAUUGAAAAAGUCAGAAAAGCCGUCUUUUUGAUGGCUCAGGAGUACACUUUUAGAUGGUACUCUGACAACCUUUUAGCUCAGAAGAAAGAAAAUAAAGAUUAUCUUAGGAAAUACUGGGACCUUGUGCAAGUGCAGAUUGGUUCCGGUAAUAAUAUUACUCACAAACGAUCUUUUGAACAACCGGAGGAAAACCAAGCUAAGAAGAGAAAAAUGACCGAUUUGGAAUCUGAAGGUAAUAAACUCCCUGAUGAUGCUAGAAAGUGGUCACCAGAUCACGUUAAAAAGUUCCUUGAGUCUCGCAUGAAUGGUUCGGAUUUCAACAAUGAUGAUAUUAAGAAAAUUCGAAAGCAAGAUCUUACCGGUAAAGCUUUUUUCCGCUUAACUGAAGAGAAACUUACUCGCAUACCUGGACUAUAUGAACUUAAACCUAGCCCUGCAGAGGAAAUAAUGGAGUUAAUUGAGGAGCUCAAGGAAAAAUUAGUAAAGGAAGAGGCCUCCCCCGCAUUCGUAUCCGCCACAGAAUUUAAAAAAUUCCGUGAACAAAAUAAAAAAGAAUUAGAACAGAUUCGUUCUGACAUCUAUACAAUCAACUCCAAAAUCAAAAUAGUUGAAAUAGUUGAGAUGAUCGAUGCUAUUUUAUAA